CUGUGUGAGCGGAGCGGAGUUUGGCAGGAGACCAACAAUGUAGACGACUCGAGAAACUUUAACCGUUUUUUUUACGACUAGGUCUGCGUGUAGAUACUCGUGUAACAGUCGGUUUGGUCAUGUUGGAUUGGUUACAGUGGAAUAUUCCUUAAAAGGUACUAACGAGGUGGCUUUGCCUUUGUGAUAAUAACAGAAACAAAAAGUUUAAGACGCUUAGCUGUAAUCACAAAAGAGCUUAGUAGCUGCGUGGUAGCUAAAGCAGUAGUAGAAGUGAGCUAGCAUUAACGGAACAAGGGCUAGGGUAGGUUGGUAUGGAAACAGCUUGGUAGUCAAUACUUUGUUUUAUUAAAAAAAAGAAAUUUUGACUUUUGGUGAAGAAAGUGAGAGAAAAAUCCUCGGACGAGAGAGAGAGAGCGAGCUCGUGAGCUCGGGAUGUCGUCUCGCGCCGGGCUGCAGCCUCUCCGAGCUACAGUUCCCUAUCAGCUGCACAACAACAGCACCAACAGCACCAAAACCCCAGCACAGAGAUGGAGAGAUGCCAAACCGGUUGAGACCAAAACGAAGUCUCGUCCCCCGAAGCCGACGCUGAGACGGACACUGUCCUUGGACACGUUAGUGGGGCCGUACCUGCAGGGCCAGUGGCCCAAACAGACCGAAAGCCAGACUGUAACCUGCGUCAAUGACAAAGCUACACAGACUCCCAGUUCGUGGACCGAAGAAACCCGGGGAAGAAGAGGUGGAGCCGGGCACAAGCGCUCGGCAUCAUGGGGCAGCGCUGAGCACCUCAGAGAGGUCGCUAAGCUAAGGCACUCGCUCCAGAAGCGCUCCAGACACGCACCUCCUGUCGCCGUCCACGAGCGCCUUCACCAGCACCAGGCCUCAUCUAAUAUCCACACACACAUGCCUGGAGCCACACAGACCAUCUCUCUGUUGCCCCUAAGCAGACUGGCUCCCAGACUGCGGCGCAGUGUAGAGGGGCUUAACCUGGAGCUGGAAGGCGUCUUUGUGUCUGAGACAGUUGAAGAACAGCACAAGAUCUUGGACGUGCCAGAUGGUCACAGAGCACCUGCUCCAGUGCAGAGGUGCAGCAGCGGCUCUCAGAGUGACCUUUCCCCCAGUCUGCUCUCCCCCUCACAGUCACCCUGCCCUGUAGAGGACACCGGUAUGGUAGUGUGUGGCCCACUGGAUCCCACUCCUUCGCCUCCUUUAUAUGUGAUUGACGCACCGUCCUCGUCGCCCCUCCCCAACAAGACCUACGCCUUCCAGAGAGAGCCUCCGGAAGGCUGUGAGAGAGUCCGUGUAUCUGAGGAAGCCUUUUCUCCAUGCCAUGGUCUUUCCCCUGCUCAGCCCUCUUGCCCCGACCCCAACAAAGUGAACUUCACACCUCACGGAGGCUCGGCCUUCUGCCCCGUCAGUCUUCUGAAGCCCCUUCUUCCUUCCAUGGACUUGCUGUUUCGUGGUCUGUCGGUCUCACCUGUGACCGGCUGCUCAGGUCAAAACCCCACUCCAUGUCCAACACCAUUGCAUCCAGUGAGCAGCUACCUGAGCGGGGCCCUCCCAGACUCUACAACCUCCUCCUUUUAAAAAGAUGGUGGAUACAUGAUGGCAAAAAGGAGGACGUGGGGAAUAAAUUAAUAAAUCAGUGAACUGAGGUUUUGUUCCAUCUCAUCAUAGACCUGACCAAGUAAUGGCCUACCAGUAGACAUGUUUUCUUUUAGACUAAAUCAGGAUACAAGUGAGAACAGGAAAGACAAACUCUUACCAAAGGACAGAAGAAAAAGCUCUGUCACACUCAGGACAGACCAUUAGUUUCGUUUGUUAACAGGCCAUGUGGUGUAUGCAAUGCUGAAUGCUUUCUGUUCUAUCUUGGUUGAAAUAAUGGCUUAGUUCAUUUAACUGCUUUUAAUAAGGCUUAGUGGAUUUUCAGCCUGCAUUUACAGAGCAUACAGAGACUCUUGUGACUCUUGAGACUUGUGACGUCAGCCGUAACUCAAACAGAAACAAAUUACCCCCCCAUGUAUUGCCUUUUCUAAAACCGAUGCCGGCUUUGCUCCACUUGGCCCUUUCAUGCUAGACUGUAGAGUGGACGACUGCCGAGAUCCCUGCAACAGGUUUAUUUAUUUCAGUCCACUAAAUUUGUUUUACACCACAGAGCUGACAAUGCUAUUAUUUAUAACCAACGGUCUCCCUUGACUUUUAAAGCUUCACAGCUUUCACAUAGCACGGAAGUGCAUUGCAAAAAAAAAAUAUACGCAAGCCCUUUCGUUUAAUCCGUCAAAUUACAAACUGUUAACAUAAACCUGUGUGUGGAGUUCAUUUGAGCAUUCACAAUGAUUUAUGAGUUGUUGGUUUUUUUAAACACAAGUAUACAAGGAUGUUGUUGACAGUAUCCAGAAACAGCUGAAAUACAAAGGGGUUUUGAAUGAAAAGGUUUGUAUUUAGUAUUCAUCUAAGAAGAAAACCAAGUACUUUGUUUUAAAACUGAAAGUAGAAAAAAAGGCACUGAUUUCUUGCAUAAUACUUUUGUAUAUUUUUUUUUUACUAUAUUUUUGAUAUUCAGAAAGAAUAUUUUCUUUGGUUUGUGUGUUUUAUAGUUAUGAAAAAGAUUGAACUAUUGUGCAUUUAUUAAGAUGAACAUCUACAUUAGAAUGUAGCAAGUACAAGUGUGUUUGUAUUAUAGCCUUUAACACCAUUGAAAUUCAGCUUUAUGUUUAUUACACAGUAUGUUUUUUGUUUGUUUGGGGGGGGGGGGGUAUUCUUCAGGAACAUUUGCAAUGUCUUGCAAUGGUGGAAGGUUGUCUCAUUGGAAAAGUUCGAUUUGAUUUACAGCAAGCUUUCAGAAUUGAAACGCCUGCUGGUGAUUGAUAGUGUAGUUGACAUAUACCACUAAAGUGUCAUUGCAUAAUUUAAUGUCAUUGCACAACAGUAUUUAUGUUUGUAUAAGUGUGUGAAAGUGUAUUCACACAAAGUAGCAGUGCAAACAUUUAUGCACGUUUUAGUUUUUUUUUUUUUUUUUUUUUUU